AUGGCUUCCUCGGAGCAUUCGCCGCGGUCGUUGCCACUGGAGUUGAUAGAAGAAAUACUUAACAGGAUUCCUGCUGAGUCUUUGAACCGAUUCAAGUCGGCGUGCAAGGAAUGGCACGAUCUCAUUACCGACAAGAGAUUCAUGUACAAUCACUUGGAUCACUCUCCGGAACGAUUCAUAAGAUUCGAUGAUAAAAAGACAGUUCAAAUCAUGGAUCCGGUGACCGGAAUCCUCACAUAUUCACCUAUCUUAAACGAGUUUUGCUAUCCAUAUCUGAUUGAUUAUAUGGUUCACUGUGAUGGACUAAUGCUGUGUAUGUUUAAUGAUUCGGGAGUCCAACAAGCAAUACACGCCAAUCUCGCAGUUUGGAAUCCUUUAACUAGGAAAAUGAAAUGGAUACAACCCUUGGUCUGUUACUAUACAGCUGAUUACUUUGGGAUUGGAUACAACAACACAUGUCGCCAUAACUACAAGAUCUUGAGGUUUUCUGGUCCUCUGUCUUUUGAAUUCAAGUACUGUGAGAUAUAUGAAUUCAAGUCUGAUUCGUGGAGAAUUCUUGAUGCUACUAAGUUGUUUGAUUGGGCUGUAGAUACUCAGUGCAGAGGUGUGUCAGUGAAGGGUAACAUGUAUUGGAUUGCUAAACGUAAAGACAAGGAAGCAUUUAUCCUAAGUUUUGAUUUCUCCACGGAAAAGUUCACGGACAUAUGCUUUUGUCCUGGCUGUGAAACUCAACAGCAGUACUACCCAUUCUUGUUUCCUCAUUUGUGUACUACUCGACGAAUAGGAUGUUUCAAUGGAGAUAGACUAUCUUUGUUACUACAACAUGGUCAAGCAUGGUCAAUGGAUAUUGAGGUGUUGGUGACAAACAAGUUGAGUGACGAGGUUGUUUCGUUUAGCAGAUAUUUUAAUGUCUCUAGCCCUCUUCUUCCGGCGUUACAGCCUUCUUAUAAUAAGGCUCAUCCGGGAUACUUCAUUGGCAAGCACGGCAAUAUCAUGGUCUGGUCUGAGGGAUAUGUCAACGAAUAUAAUAAGUGCUAUACUUGCAUCAUUCUUUACCAAAUUGAUAAAGGUGGAAUAAGGAAACAAAUUGAGACACGGGGACAUCAAAAGUCACGGUACCAUACCUCGUUUAUUUCUAGCUACGUGUAUGUUCCAAGUCUGAUUCCGGUUCAAGUAUAA